AUGGCCGCACCGCCGCAGCUCGUAGUCGCCAGCCCGACCAAGGAGGAGGCUGUCUCCGCCGUUCUCUCGCACAACGGCAUCCUGCCCGGCCGGCUGGGCGAGCUGUACAAUGCCUUCCAGGAGCGGAGAGAGGCGCUCGGCCUGGCCAACCCGGGCACCGUCGAGGGCAUUGCGCGCGAGGUGCAGCGCGACGUGUUCCUGAACAACGCCAGCUUCUCGGGCCUGCGCGCUGAGCUCACCAAGGCCUUCAGCGCCGCCCCGCUCUUCCAGGUCGCCCACUCGCUGUCGAUGGGCUCGCAGGUCCAGCCGCCCUACUCGUACAUGGUCCUCUAUGGAUCGCCAAGGACAUUCAUGCAGGGUAACCUCGACAACGAGAUGCAGUUCUCCGGCCGCUUCAACUGGCGAUGGACCUCGGCCUUUGUCUCCAAGUCGGCCGUCCAGCUCACGUCGCAGGGCAACAUGGUCUCGCUCGAGAACGACUACACCGGCUCCGACUUCUCCGCCUCGCUGAAGGCUGUCAACCCCUCGCUUCUCGACGGAGGCAUCACCGGCAUGAUCAUGGCCAGCUACCUGCAGGCCGUCACACCAAGGCUGUCGCUCGGCAUCGACGCCUUCUGGAGCCGCCCGGCCUCUGCCUACCCGCCAGAGCUCAACGUCUCGUACGCUGCGCGCUACAAGGCCGCCGACUGGAUGGCCUGCGGUCAGAUCAUCCCCGAUCGCGGUGUGCUCGAGGCCUCCUACUGGCGCAGGCUCACCGAGAAGGUCGAGACGGGCAUCAACUGCAACCUUGCCUUUGCUGGAAUCGGUCCUGGCGGCCCCAUGGCCGGCCCCCAGAAGGAGGGCCAGGUCACCAUCGGUGCCAAGUACGACUUCCGCACAACUUCUUUCAGGGCGCAAAUCGACAACAAGGGCACAGUCGGCUGUCUGUUGGAGAAGAUGAUCGCACCGCCGAUCCGCAUCACCUUCUCUGGUGAGAUUGACCACAAAACAAGCGCCGCCAAGCUCGGUCUUGCCGUUGCGAUAGAAGCUGCCGACGAGGCUGUCAUGGAGCAGCAAGAGAUUCCCGGUGCCGCCCAGCAGGCCGGCGCCAUCCCCUUCUAA